AUCCUCUAACUGGCGAGUAUCAUUCUCUGUGCCAUUGGAGGCUUGAUGGCGGAUAUUCACGAUGAAGAUGGACAUAGGGUGAAGCGGUUCAAGUUCCAAUCAUAUAAUGAGCAGCUGAAGGAAGUUCAUGCACCUUCAGCUCUUGAACGAUCAAAGGCUGAUGAGGCACUGGAGGACGAGGAAUGCCUGUUCCACGGAGCUCUCUCGCACUGGAUGCAACUUAACCUAUCGCCCUCAUUCAUUUCCUUCUCGAGAAACGCUCUACCCCUGUCACAGUCUUUGGCACUCCUUGUACACUCAUGGAAGGAAGUAACCGAAUUAUGGCUCGAUUGCAUCCGAAAGUCAGACGACGAAGCAAAAAAGGCCUUAUUGGAAAGCUUGUCGAGGACCUUCGAACAAUAAUCGCUCCAGACUAUGAGGCAAUUACCGAUUGUCUUUUCGAGCUACUACCUCGUCGUCUAGAACCAGAAAUACUAUCAGCACUACUGGGAUCUCUGACUACAGUGUUCAAACACGUUUUGGUUCCUGGGAUAUCAGAUCUAGAAAGUACUGAUAUUCUAUCAUCCACCUGGAGUCGACUGAGGGCAACGCUUAUGAAGUGCAAUCCCGAAGUUCAAAGGGCUGUUGCUGAAAUGUGGUCAUCUUUGCUUCGUCGGUUAAAGAAGGACGACAGAGAGCGAUGUGUACGACUUAUGAUAGGAUCAGCACAUGAUUCUGGUGAUUUCAUUGCGUGGUCUUUUGUGUUUACGGCGAAGAGCGUGGCACAAACGAUACAUACGUCUGGCCCUCCGCUCAUAAUAACGUGUCUCGAAUAUCACCUUACCGUUUCGGAAGGCGAAUUGGAUGAUAACUCAAAGCUAAUUCGACGUAUACUUACAGCACUAGUUCAUCAUUGCUCAAAACCGGAGCAGUUUGCUCCGGUUGUGGACCCGAUAAUUGCGCGGUUCGGUUCUUUGACAGAAAUAAAAGAUAUUAAGCGAACUAUCAACGUUCUUGCUGUACCUUGCUCUGUCAGGCAGGAUUCGCGUUUGACUGCAAAACAGCUCUCAACAGUUUUAGAUUUGACAACCAAAAUAUCGUACGAUGAAACACUCCGCGUUCCAUUUCUUUCAAUAAUUACGGCUGUGUUAUGUGCGUCAUCGGCAGACCUCUCCGUCUGGAUGGGCGCAGGCCGUCGAGCAAUCGAGCACGCAUGGUCCGUGGACGAGACUCUAGCGGUUUCGCUGACAGGCACACUACUCGAAGCUGGCUGGAAGGGAUUCAACCAAUUUGCGUUGCCACCCUUUCUGAAGACAUCUAUUGGAUUGCUGGCGAAUUUGGAAUCGUCAGCACAUGUUGAGACACUGCGAGUGCUCUCCAAAUUCGCUAAAAACAACCUGUUGAAAUCCGUAGACGAUUCAUGGCGUUCCCGUUUGACGGUAAUGGUUCGAGCAUGUCUUGAGCAGUUUGUUGUCGCGGAGGAGUCGGUAAUCAUUUUGGUCGAGAUACUACCACUUUUACCAAUCUUGUCCACGCAUGACCUUCUACAACCUAUUGCGCAUAUUGCAGAAGACUUGGUCGGCCGACAAGCUGACCAACCAUGCUAUCCCGACUCAUGGGCAAACAAUACUUUUGUAUUUGGCCUUGUCGUUCGUGUGCUUGCGAAGAGCAGGCAGUCGAGUUUACCGGAAAUUUUUGAUGCUAUCCGGCUGAUAUACGAUGCAAUAAAGCGAUGGUACUGGUCAGAAUACGUCAUGGAGGGUAUUGCCGAGCUGGCUAAGUCAUGUCAAUAUUCAGGAUCCGAGCCAAUACCUGACCAACAGAGCAUCGUCGAGCGACUGACAAAUAACCUCAAAUCGCAUUCCCACAUAAUCCGGCGUAGAUCUUUGGAACUGCUCAGCUUACCUUGGAUAUUCUCAAGCAGCAAUGCGGAUGGCAUCAAGCGAUGUUUAGCAGCAGAACUUGUGCCUUUGAGUGUACAGGGUGUGCGAGAACGUGUUUUGCUCACUGGUCGGGUGGGCCAGGUUGUGCUCGAUGACGAUCUUAUAACACGAAUAUGCAUUGCAUGGCUCCUUGGUCAACUGAAGGUUGGCCUCCGUCCUUUGUGGGCACCAGCCGCACAAGUGCUUGCAAGUAUCUCCGGAAGGUCACCAGAUACUUUAUGGAGCAUGACGAUUGAGGAGCUGAGAGGCCUCGAUGCGUCCUCAGAAAGCGCCAUUCUUCCGCCAUGGAUAACGGACGGUGCUGAAGAGGAAGACGAAGUCGUUGAGGAGGAAAGGAGUUGGCGCGACCCUAGCGCGCACAAGUUCCGAGUGACCCUUAGGCAUUGGACUUCGAAUGACGUGUGCAAGGACCAGAUCAUUGAGGAGCAAAAGCCUCAUGAUCGAUUUGACACCCGCUCGUACGAAGCUCAGCUCCUCGUCGCAUUGGGCGAAUUUCCAUCGUUGGCAGAGAAACACAGUCGAGAUCUCGUUCCUCUCUUCCUUUCGUUUGUCUCACCAUCAUCAGUCACUGAGAAAGCUUCGCGCAUCAAGCUUACGAAUUGGCUGAAAUUAUUAGCGAAAUUCGCGAACCCUAGGGCUUUCUACUUAUCCAAUGACGUGCACUCGGUAUACAUUUCCCUACUUUCGCAUCCGGAAAGGGCCAUCCAGUCCGCUGCGUUAUCCUGCCUUCAGACGUACAAGUCGCCAGCACUAACGUGCAAGGCUGAUACGCUAACGAGAUUACUCGAUGAUACGAAGUGGCGCGAUGAACUUGCCAUGCUUGACCUUCAUGAACUUACACCUGACGAGCGUACGGAGAUCGUGCCUGUUCUUAUUCGCUUGUUCUAUGGCAUGAUGCGUGAGCGUGGUGGACGCGGGAAGGGUACCGACCGGCGUUCUGCACUCUUGGGAACCCUGGGAGCUUGUACAGACGACGAGCUGGUACUACUUGUUGAUCUCAUGCUCGAGCCUUUUAAAGAGGAAGUCAACUUCGACCUCUCGGACGACAAUGAAAGGUUAUGGAAACUCGGGAGAGUCGCACCUCUAACUGCCGCUGAAAAGCAGCAGAUUGGCUUUUUGAUGUUCCUUGCAGACGUGUUGCGGAAUUUGGGAACGCGUAUCGUGAAGUCAUGGACGCGCUUGAUUGUGUUAGCGCUUACGUUAGCCGCGCAUGCUCAAGGUGAAUUACAAGGAUCGACUCAGGGUGAUGAAGGGUCUGCAGAAGAAAACGAAGAAGAGAACGACGAUGGAAAGGAAAUAGAUAAACCUUCACACUCGUUAACUCGAUCGCGACAAUUUCGGCUCAUCAGGCAAUUAGGGUUGAAGCGCAUCACCGAGUUCUUCCGCAUUCCCGUAGAUUUCGAUUACUCGCCGUACAUGCCUGAACUGUUCCGCACAGUCAUUUCCCCUCGGAUCGCCCUGCUGGAUCGUGAGAAUACACAAGCACCAUCCGCGUUGCUCGAACUUCUCUUCGUUUGGUCUUUACGUCCCGAUACAGCAAUGUAUCUUGUGAAAUACGAUCAACGAACACUUGCAAAGAUCUUUGAUUGCUUGGUGGCAACGAAUGUCAAGCCCACUGUGCAAAUUAAGAUUUUCGAUUUACUCGAACGUCUAUUAGUUUUCGCAUCCGAGGAUGACUCGUUUUCGGAAAUAGUCGUGAAGCCAUACAUGUCGAGCGCGUUAAAUAACAUCGCUUUGGCAGUCCAGCGUUCUACUGCUGGAGGUUCAGCCUCAUCCGUUGGUCUUGUCGCGCAGCGAGAAAUUGCGAUUCUCUCGAAGCUUUCGCCGUAUAUUUCUGAUGGCAGUCAAGCAGCGACCUUACUAUCGAUCUUUCUUCCGCAGCUGCGUAGGGCUGGGAAGGGCAUACCGGAAAAGUCUAAAGUGGACAUGCUCGACAUUUUGUGCUACCUAAUACCACAAAUUCCCGAUUUCAUGCAGAAUAACGGCCCCUUGUUCUGGAAGACUCACGAGACGCUCUCUUAUCUUUUCCAACUUCUGCGAGGAAGGCAGGCGCGGGUGUCGCUUGUGAACGCGUUCAAAACGCUUUCAAGCGUUGAUUCAAGUCUCUUGCCAACUGCUGAUCUUCUAGUUUCUCUCAACUCGUACUCUGUGAAGCGGAUAGAUGAGCCGGACUUUGAUCGACAAUUGACUGCGUUUGCGGCGCUCAAUGAAGAACGAUGGAAGACGCUUUCCGCGAAGGAGUGGACGCCGUUUUUGCAUAAUAUGCUGUUGUUCAUCCAAGAUGAAGAGGAGUUAUCGAUCCGGAGUAAUGCGGCUCUGUCGUUCAAGCGAUUUCUCGAUGCGUUGUCCGCAGCCCAGGAUCCGGAUAUGCAAUCCUGUUUUGUUCGUGUAUUGUUUCCCGGACUAAAACGUUGUCUCCGUGCAAAGUCGGACCUCGUACGAGCGGAAGUGAUGUCCGUCCUUGCAUAUGCAGUCGAGAAGUGCGAAAACGUGAAUGCACUGCAAGAAAUGUGCGUACUUCUCGCUGCGGGUGACGAGGAGGCCAGUUUCUUCAAUAAUAUCUUCCAUAUUCAGGUUCACCGUCGUAAUCGCGCUUUGCGUCGUUUAGCCGACUUUUGUGAUGAGCCUGGUUUUCGCAGUAGUACACUGCAAGAGAUUUUCGUACCUGUUGUAAACAGCUUCAUUGCCGGAUCUGGUACAGCGGACCAUCAUCUCGUUAACGAAGCGAUUACGACGCUGGGACGCAUCGCGAGACAUCUUGUUUGGCCGGCCUAUUUCUCUCUUGUCCAGCAGUACAUCAGGCUGGCUACAGAUAAGAAUGCUGCGGAGAGGGCAUACACCCGCGCACUGGUUUCCAUUCUUGAUAACUUCCAUUUCUCUAUGGAGGAUACGUUCACAGAAGAAACCGAAGAAGGAGCAGAUGAGGAUAACGCUGAGCAGAUGCAGAGGAAUGUACCGUCUGCUUCCACGAAAAUCCAUGAUGCUGUCAAUAACCGGUUGUUGCCCACUUUGCUGAAGCACCUCGAACAGCGAGACGAACUUGAAGAUAUCAACAGGAUACCACUAGCCAUCGGUAUCGUGAAGGUAUCCCUGCACUUACCGGAAGCUUCUCGUGAUGUUCAGAUCCCGCGCUUGCUCACUAUUCUGUCUCAAAUCUUCCGGAGCAAGUCGCAGGAAACGCGCGAUAUUAGUCGCGACACGCUUUGCCGACUCGCAGCAAUGCUCGGAUCACCAUAUUUACCUAUGAUCAUUCGCCAACUUCGUGAAGCUCUAACACGAGGCCCUCAUCUCCAUGUCUUGGCGUUUGUGACACAUGCGGUUCUCGUGCAUAUUACUCUGCCCGAGAAUGCCACGAAGUUCGAGAAUCUAGACAAUUGCGUUCCGGAUGUCGUCCAUGUUUCGUCAGAGGUAGUCUUUGGUCAGUCAGGGAAAGAUGUUGAGAGUGAGGGAUUCAAGACCAAGAUGAAAGAAGUCCGAGGCUCGAAGAGCAAAGGUAUGGACUCCUUCGCGAUUCUUGCUAAACAUAUCACGCCGGCUGCGACGAGCAGUUUACUUCUGCCAAUCAAAGCGAUCAUGCAAGAAACGGAAUCGGCAAAGACAAUGUCGGUCGUUGACGAUGUCCUACGGCGCAUGUCUGUCGGCCUCAAUGGAAACACGCACUUCGCACUGUCCGAGUUGCUCAUGUUCUGCUAUACCCUAAUUAGUCAGAAUGCGCGGUUCUUCCAGGAAAAUGUGAAGGUGCAAAAGCGGAAGCUGAAGAAGGUUAACAACGCUGAAGUACAAUUGAAGAGGAGAAUUGAACCGGAGGCCGACCAUUAUUCCCAUAACUCGUGGAGAUUCGUCACUUUCGGUCUUGACCUCUUCAACACUGCAUUUCGUCGCGGUCGCUUCGAUUUUAGUGAUGCAAACAUCAUAACACGACUAGAGCCAAUGGUGAAUGUCAUCGGAAAUACUCUUUACGCAAAGAAUGGGAACGUGAUAUCAUCUGGACUAAAAGCAACUGCGCAAAUAGUCAAGGCCCCUUUAAAGAAUGUUGAGAAGUCAUUGCCGAUGUUCGUCCGCCAGACUCUGCAGAUAAUCAGAGAUACAGGAAACACGGAAGCAGACGCCGUCCAAGCCGCCUUCAAGACUCUGACGAUCAUCAUUCGUGACUGCUCGUCAUCACAGGUGAAGGAGAAAGACCUGGCGUUCCUUCUCGAGCUUCUCACACCAGACUUAGAGGAAGUCGAUCGACAAGCAAAUGCUUUCGCGUUGCUUCGUGCGAUUGUUUCUCGGAAGUUCGUUGUUCCUGAUAUAUACGAUCUCAUGAAUCGUGUUGGGGAAAUAAUGGUGAGAAGCCAGUCUUCGCAAGUUCAGGAACUUUGUCGUGGCGUGCUCCUACAGUUCUUGCUAGAUUAUCCGCAAGGAAAGGAUCGCCUCAAGCAACAGUUCGCAUUCUUCGUCAAGAACCUCUCGUAUGUGUUUGAAACUGGACGGAAGUCCGUGAUGGAAUUGCUUGGCGCGAUUAUUGCGAAAUUCAACGGUGAGAUUAUCGAGGAAUACGCGGACAUGCUUUUCGUCGCCUUAGUCUUGGUCAUCGCGAAUGACGAAUCAGCAAAAUGUCGCGAAAUGGCUGCACAUCUAGUAAAAACGCUUUUAGAUCGGCUACGUGAUGAGCAGAAGAAGACAAUUGUUUCGCAUACCCAUUCCUGGGCAGCACAGCGCGACAAUGCGGCCUUGGCUCGCGUUUCUUCACAAGUUUACGGUCUGAUACUAGAUGCUUUGAAGUCCGAUGCAAAACCCUAUCUCGGUCUUCUUUUAAACGAUGUGAACUCCAAGGUCCGAACGGCGGCAGCGUCUGUCGAAGGCGAUGAAGGAGAACGUGGACUAUCGGAGAAUGAUUGGCAGAUCCCCUACCAAGCGCUCAUUUCUCUUUCAAAAGUCUUCCAACACUUUCCCGACACUAUAUCGGAUCACAGUAAGGUUCCCUGGCCAUCCAUAGCCUCUUUACUUCUUUAUCCGCACGCUUGGGUCCGCACAGCAUCAUGUCGAUUGCUUGGCAGCUUGUUUUCCGUGACGCUGGUCUGUGCACCGUCCAAUGAUCUGCCAGAUGACUUCCCGCUUUCUGCUAUGGGGAUGAGAAGACUAGCGAACUCGUUCUCCCUUCAGCUUAGGAGCGAGAAUCUGGACGAGGCGCUUAGCCUGCAAAUAGUAAAGAAUCUGUUCUACGUUGGAAAGUGCUUCUAUGCAAUCCAGGCACCAGAGUAUCAAACAAAGAAUAAGAACAUGGUGUCAGAUAAUGAUGCUGCGAAUGUCUCGGAUACGGGUGACGACGUGGACGAGGAGAUGCUGUCCGAACCCGAAGAUGGAGAAAAGGAAGUAUUAGCAGGUGACAAUCCACUGCCAUGGCUGUUCUCGCGACUCUCAUACCAGGCACGAUCGGCAUAUAUUACACGGGUGAACAAGCCGCAUCAGGCAAAGAACUGGUCACGGCAAUUGACGGCUAUCUUUCAAUGGUUUGCCGCAAUGGUGUCUUGCAUGGAUGGCCCGCGGCUUGAGCGCUACUUACCGCACAUUCUUGCACCUGUCUAUCGUAUUGCGGAGGAUGAUAUCAUUCGAGAUCCUCAGAUGGAUGAGUUGAAAAAUCUAAGUGCUGAGUUUCAGUCUCUCCUACAAUCUAAGGUCGGCACAUCCACCUUCGCACUGACUUAUGCCAACAUCCGAACGCGUAUUGUCUCGGUGCGGAGGGAGCGUGCCACCGCGCGCAAACUACAACGGACUGUAGAUCCAAAGCGCGCAGCUGAGAGAAAGCUGAAGCGAAACGUUGGGAAGCGGAAGAGAGAGAAGGACGAAAGGAGAAUCCGGGGCUUGAAACGACGGCGUUCUGAUUAGACACUAUACUGUACAAGCUUGAAUGCAAACGUAACUGCAAUAAAAAGUCAUACGGGAGCACGUCCAAAC